GCGGCCGGGGGCCAGCAGCCUUGGGGGCCAGCAGCCCCGCCGCCACGGCCACUGCGCACCCGCGGCCCCCGGCACCGGCGCCUCCGGCCAGGAUGGCUCCCCAGAUCUAGACAGGGAGACCAGAGCAGUGGCAGAAAUCCCCAUCCAAGUGACAGUGGGAUUGGGAUAGAGGAGCUGCCGUGAAGAUGUCUGAAGCCAAGCCCCUCAGCAUCUCUUGCCUCGUGCUUUCCUUGCUUUCCUUGCACUGGGCUUUGCUCCAGCUGGGCCAGGCUUUUCCCAGCACCUCUGACUACCUCCAGCGGGGCUGGCAACGGCUGCUGGAGGAAGGGGAGGGCUGCACUGAGUGCCAGCCCGAGGAGUGCCCAAUGCCACGCGGGUGCCUGGCAGGCACAGUGCGGGAUGCCUGUGACUGUUGCUGGGAAUGUGCCAACCUGGAGGGACAGAUCUGUGACCUGGACAACACCAACCACUUCUACGGCAAGUGUGGGGAGCACCUGGAGUGCCGGUUGGAUGCUGGGGACUUGCGUCACGGAGAGGUGCCCGAGCCCCAGUGUGCCUGCCUCUCCCACCUGGCUCUCUGUGGCUCUGACGGCAAAACCUACGCCCAAAUCUGCAGGUUCCUGGAGGCUGCCCAUGCUCACCCUGAUGCCAACCUCACUGUGGCCCAUGAAGGUCCCUGCGAGGCAGAGCCUCAGAUCACCUCUCCUCCCUAUGACACAUGGAACGUCACCGGGCAGGAUGUCAUCUUCGGCUGCGAGGUCUUCGCCUACCCCAUGGCAUCCAUUGAGUGGAGGAAGGAUGGCACAGAGAUGCUGCUGCCUGGAGAUGACCCCCACAUCUCUGUCCAGUUCAGAGGCGGCCCCCAGAAAUAUGAAGUGACAGGCUGGCUCCAGAUCCAGGGUGUGCGGGUGACGGAUGAGGGCACGUACCGCUGCUUCGCCAGGAACAGGGUCGGGGAGGUGGUGGCACUGGCCAGCCUGACCGUCUUCACUCCGGACCAACUCAACCUGACAGACUUCUCUGUGCUGAAGUCCCGCAUGACACCUGAGGACUACAGGGAGAGUGAGGAGGACUACUACUAGCCCAGAGAUGGCAUGUUUGGCUGCAGAGAUCACCUUGCCCAGAGCGACCCUUCCCUGGGGCUUGGGGACAUCUCCUGCAUCCUCUGGCCCAAAACUCCUUUUCUGAACAAUCCUGGCAUAGCAGCCUGUUUUUUGGGGUGGGGGACAGGGUGACACAACCUUUUGGGGUACUGAGGGAUGGGAUACUGGCUGGUUGGCAAGGGCUGGGACCAGGGACAGCUCUGCCUGGAGCAGGGUGGAUCUGUGCUCUGGCACUGAGCGGAGACACAACGGCAGGUAGGACACUGAGGGGACAGCUGUGUUGUGUGUGAUAAGGACUUGGUGCAGGGGAUGGAGACAGCCCCCUUUGGGAGAGUGAGGCCAGGGCAUCCUGUAUGAAUAAUUUUUGGGGAAGCUGGAGCAGUGAGCUGGGACCUGACUGUGAUACCCAGUGUGUCACCCCUCCAUCUGCUCUGUAUCCCCCAAGCACAAGGCAUCCCAGCUUAUCCCCAGAACCUGAGGAACCUGCUGCCAAAACACCCUUCUCUUCUGUUUUGUUUUUAACCAGAAAAGUAGUGAUUUGAGGAAACCAGGCUCUUGUGGCUUUCAGAGCUGUCCUUCCUCCAGCUGAACCACCCUUGUGGUCAGAAAUACUUUGGCCUUUUUUAGACUGACUUCAUUUUUCCCUUCCAUGCCUUUGACUGACUUCAUGCUUUCCUUUGUCAUUUCAGUUGAUGUUAUUUAAAAUAUGCAUGUAGGUCAAAGCCAAGGCUGGCUGACUGUCCUGCACCCACAAGGAUGAUUAUGGGGGUGAGGGAGAGUGCAAACACUGUGGAUGCUACCUAGUCCAUUGUGGGGUGCUUGAGCUGGGGAGCCCUCCUGCCCAUCCCAGUGCUCACAGCUGGUCCUGGUGUGGGUCCUGCCCUUCCCACCCCACCUGGGAAUGGGGGUGCCCAGCAGACAAUCUCCUGUGCAGGGGUGAUGCAUCAACUCCAGUCACUGUACUCCCACGUGUUUGGAUCCCAUCCCACUGCUGCCUGUUUUCAUCUUGGGUUCCUAAAUUCUGUGACACUGGGGUCUCCACCCAGGUGACCACAGCUCUGUCAAGUGUGGAGCAGCUCUGUGCCUAGUUGGUGAAGUAAAGGGAUGUCCCAGUUUCCACUGGAAAUAUAUUAAAAAAAAAAAACAAACAAAA